AUGUCAGUCUGCCUUGUCUGUCGGAAUGAGAGUCGACCCUCCUUGAACCUCCUCCAGGGAAUCGAAUUCGUGCCUUUCUUGAUCCAAGCGGCAAACAGCCAGCUGAUCCAGUCGUCCAAGUCAAGCGGAACACUCGAAAUCGUGACCGACUGUAUUGCCAAUUUCUCGCGAAACUACUGUCCCGACCAAGAGUCCGCUUACCUCUCCCUCUUCGACACAGCUUCCCGAUCAAGUUUGACAGAUGGAGACGAAUUCUUUGGCGCGAGUUUGAUGAAAGUGGUCGUCAGCUUGAGCGAACAAAACCUCGGCCAAGAGCUGCUCCAGAAAUCGGAAACUACGCAAGAAUGGACUGAGCGGCUUGAUCAACGAGACGGAUUGGACUCUUCGCCGCAAGAAAUCAAGUAA